AGGGAUUUUCGUCGGCGUAGCAAUAAAGAGCUCCUCCGAAGCUGCUUCGUUUUUUCUGAUUAAUUGAACUCAUCGAAACACCGCGUAUUUGAAAUGUCGCUGGCCACCAGCUCCGCGGCGCUUGGUGAAGCUGUACAGCGGACGGUGACUGGCGCAGCGCAGCCCGCGUUAUGGACGCCGCAGCAGCGUUGCUACCGUGAGCUCAUGCGAGCACUCCGCGGCGCCUACUACCACGACCGAUCGAAGCUCUUCUGGGCACGGCAUCGUGUUCUUGUCGAGUUCUACAAGUAUUCCCGAGUGGAAGAGGAGAAGGACGUUGCGUUGCUCGUUGGCAUCGGCGGUGAGGUCGCAGCGUUCGUGACGGAGUACAUGAAAGUCGAUGUGGGGGCCAUCAUGCAGCACAACGAGAAGAUGCUGUCGCUUCCGGUAGCCGUGGCAAAGCGCUACCGUGAGGACUAUCUGUUGCAUGAGAAGCAGCACGACUCGUGGUGUAAGCAGAAAAUACGGCUGAUGAUGGACCGGCGUCCCCCACCACCGUACCCUUUCUUCUAA